AGUCAGCAGUGCCGGGCAUGACUUUCGUCUUUCGCUAUGACCUUUGGGUUGAAUUACCGGAACUUUAAAACGUAAGCGCGGCUAAGGAAAAUUCAUUUUUCGUAUGUUUUUACAGGUUAUAUAAUAAGAUCCUUUCGUUAUCUUGAAAAAAUGGCAAUUUCCAAAAUCCACGCUCGGCAAAUAUACGACAGUCGGGGUAACCCUACAGUUGAAGUUGAUCUUGUUACUGAACAAGGUUUGUUUAGAGCUGCAGUUCCCAGCGGUGCCUCAACUGGUAUCUAUGAAGCUCUUGAGCUCAGAGAUAAAGACCCAAAAGCUUUUCUGGGAAAAGGAGUCACCAAAGCAAUCAACAAUGUUAACAACGUAAUUGCUCCUGCUCUUGUUGGAAAAACAUUGGAUUUGACAGAUCAAGCUGCCAUUGACAAGAUUAUGAUUGAUCUUGAUGCAACCGAAAACAAAGGUAAACUUGGUGCUAAUGCCAUUCUUGGUGUUUCCCUGGCUGUUGCAAAAGCUGCAGCUUCGAAGAAAGGAGUUCCACUGUACCGUCAUCUUGCUGAUCUUGCUGGCAAUGCUGAGGUUUUAUUGCCAGUUCCAUCCUUCAAUGUCAUCAAUGGAGGUAGCCAUGCUGGGAACAAACUUGCGAUGCAGGAAUUCAUGAUCUUUCCUAACGGAGCUUCUUCAUUCAGCGAGGCAAUGAGAAUGGGAGCCGAAACCUACCAACAUUUGAAGACUGUCAUUAAGAAGAAGUACGGACAGGAUGCCACCAAUGUAGGAGAUGAGGGAGGUUUUGCUCCCAACAUCAUGAGCAAUAAAGAAGCUCUUGAGCUGAUCAUGGAAGCAAUUAAAACUGCUGGUUACACAGACAAGGUAAAGAUUUGUAUGGAUACUGCAGCGUCCGAAUUCUGGAAUGCAGAUUUGGGAAAAUAUGAUCUUGACUUCAAGAGCCCAGCAGGAGAUACUUCGGAUAAUGCUAGAUAUAAAACACCAGCAGAGCUUGGAGAUGUGUACCGUGGCUUCAUUAAGGAUUACCCUAUUGUUUCAAUUGAGGAUCCAUUUGACCAAGAUGACUGGCAAGGUUACACUGACUUCACUGCAUCAGUGACUGAACAAGUUGUUGGAGAUGAUUUGUUGGUUACCAACCCAAAGAGAAUCAAUACAGCUCUUGAGACAAAAGCUUGCAAUGCAUUGUUGCUGAAGGUCAACCAGAUUGGUUCCCUCACAGAAGCUAUUGAUGCAUGCAAAUUGGCUCAGUCUAAUGGUUGGGGUGUGAUGGUCUCUCAUCGCUCUGGUGAAACAGAAGAUAGCUUCAUUGCUGAUCUUGUGGUUGGUUUGUGCACUGGUCAGAUUAAAACUGGAGCUCCUUGCAGAUCUGAAAGACUUUCAAAGUACAACCAGCUUUUGAGAAUUGAGGAAGAGCUUGGAUCAGCUGCCAAAUUUGCAGGAGCCAAGUGGCGUACACCACUUGCUAAAUAAUUUCCCCACAAAACAUAUAUUAGAACUAUCUAUCCUGUCCUGCCCGUUUUUUGUUAUGUUAGCAUAAGCAGUUGUUGUAAAAGUUAAUUCUGUAUUAAUCCUGUGACAUCCUUUGAAGUUCCCUGUUUUUGAAUACACAGCUUUUGUAUCAAAGCAGUACAAUACAAAGUUCCGCAUGAAAAAUAUAUUUAGUAAUAAUUAUAACAACGUAUAUGAAAAUGAAACUGUGUUCAGUGUUGAUUUAAUAAAAGGCAAUCU